CUUCACUCUCACCCUAUUAAGCUGUUUAUCUCUAUAAUGAACGGAAUACGUCGAACUGUUGUGAUGUUUCAAUGAAAGCAUUUGUUAGUGGUGCAAGUAAAUUUCGUUUCUUUUUAUUAAACUUUCAACUGUUAAUUUUUGAAACAAACUACUCGCUUUUAACGAGAGACACCCAAGAUGUGCAACUAGCAAAGGAAUGAAUCCAUUGCUUACAGUAAUCAGACAGAGAUACAGAUCGUUCUUGUUGGUCCUUUUAGCCAUUACAGUUUUGUUAGGAUUUUACUUUCUGUCUCUGGGCAGUGAAACUUACGGACCAACAACAGACCAAAAGGAUGUCAACACAGAGGUACCAUACCAGUCCGUAGCUACAACAAUAGCUGAAGACGAAGAAAUGUCUCACUCUCACGACGGGUUUGAUGCCCUUAGAGUGUACAAUCUUUUUACUUCAUGUAAAGGUGAAGACGAUAUAAUUUUAUUGGAUACGUACAUCGAUGCAUAUGAGGAAUUAUGCAAGUUGUUCCGCCUAUUUGGUACAAUAUUUAGCUUUGUAACCUCAGAUGUGGAAGAAAAGAUCAACAUCUUAAGAGACUACCGCAAAUCUGAUGUUGCAGAGAAAUACAAAACCAUUCAGUCGUUGCUUGAAUACGAAGUCGAGCAAGGCACAGCAAAAAACACCAAGAAGCCAUCAGGUGCUAGAACACUCCUUCGCCUACACAGAGCAUUGGAGUUUAUCGCAGCCUUUCUGUUGAAACUCAAAGAAACAGACAAUACUGUAAAAUUUUCAUCUGCUGCCAUGAAAGCUUACGACGACACUUUGGCCAGGCAUCAUCCCUGGCUAGUCAAGAAGGCUGUCCAUGUAGCCAUGUAUAUGCUUCCGUCCAGGUUGGAUCUCCUGAAAAAAAUGGGAGUUGAAGACAAUGAAAGAGGCAUGCAGGGAAUCAGUGAUUUAGCACAUGAACUGACUGUUAUAUUCCAGGUGACAGAAGAGGCUUACAGUCAAGAUAACUUGUUAGAUCUACCAUAAAAUGACUGUAGACAUUGUGUAAUAAUGACUGAAACAGCUCUGUACAUUUUUCUGUUUAUUUAUUUGUCAUUGUUUGAACUUACUAACAAGGUACAACUUAAUGAAGCCUCUAUAUUUCUAAUUGAUUUUUCUGCAAAUUUAAUUGGAAAGGGGAUAUUUGAUAGUGUAUGGCAGCUUAAAAGCUAGUUUUUUGUAAUGAAGCUUUCAGCAGUUGAGAGUUUUGCAGGCUGUCAUUUUGGACUAUAUAUAAAUAUUCAAUUUUUAAUUUUUUUAAUACUUUUUAAAUAAUUAUUUUAUUUUUAGAAAUGUUUAAUUUUUUAAACCAUAUUUUAAAAUAUUUAUUUUCUGACAUAUUAUUUAAAAAAUUUUUUUUAAAGAAAAUAAAAGUUUUUAAUUAAAAAUCUUUUCUCCUGGCAAACAGUAUUUGAUUAUUAUGUUAAAAUUUCAGUUCUGUUAGUGUUAUAACAGCUUUUGAUUGUUAUAUGUUUAUUCUUAGUUCAUUGCAAGCCACAGUGUUUGUUGACGUUAAUGCUUUUAUUUACAUUACUUAUCAUAUUCAAGGUUGUAUAGUUUUAUUAACACUAUAUAAAUAUUCUUUGACUUGAUGAUUAGAAAAAAUUAGGAUUUAAAAUUAGGAUCAAAAUUAUUGAUCAGUAGUCUAUGUUUAAUGAGAGAUUUAAAUUGUGCUAGUUCUUUGUUUUCCUUUUUUUUUCUUGUAAGCACCAUAUUCUUUAUAUUAUUUUUUUUCUCUAUCCUAAAUGUAAAAAAUGGGAUAUCAGUUGAAUGAACAUUUCUACUUUUUUCUUUUUUUUUUAACUGCUCAACUUUUUUGUAGAAAAUCGGAAGGGUAAAAACUAAUGGUCUUAUCAAUCAUAUUUAUUUUUCUAAAUUAAAUUACUUAAACUUUUCAUUUAAUUCAUAGGAUAGGAAACAAAAGUGCCAGCAAAUCAAGAGACAUUGUUCGAUUAAAACAGAUUAUUUGAAAAUAUUUUCAGUAUCCUAAGAAAAAAAAUUCUGGUUAUUAUCACAUAAUGUCAGCAAAGCAAUUAGGCUGUAAUUAUUGACACUUCAAUAGAAACUUGAGAUACAAACAAACAUGCCAUUGGUUUAUGCAAAAGAUACCAAUGACUUUAUUUUAUUUAAUUUGAGCACCCUUACACAGUAACACUACCAAUAAUAACAUUAGAUUUUAUUUAUUUUUACUUCUUAGCCCUUUUGACCCCAUUGCUGUUAUUACUGAAAUGAUUAAAAUACACUACGAACCAAUGCUUCUCAGCCUGGUGCUUGGGUGGAAACGGUCGUUAGAGGAGAUGAUUAGGCCCAUAAGGGAGCAAAAAAAAAACCUGUUGGGGUGCCUAAGGACUGAGUCCAUUGCACUGGUGGGGAUGGAAGAAAGUCCCAACAGGCAUGGCACUAUCCUCACACCAUUCCUCAAAGGACCGUUCUUAUUGCGGACCCCUGCACUACUGAUGUGGAACAGAGAAUGAAAAAAAGGGGGGGGGGUGUUUCCCUGAUGUGCUCGGCCAUUGGCCUUGCUUCUAAUCUGAGCACCUUGGAUUAUGAUCCAUUGAUAAUAGGGAUGCAAUAAUUUACAUCUACCCAUCUUUCUGAGACAGAAGUUUGUUCAGACAGGCACAUGGAGGCAAGCUUUCAUAGACCUAGAGUUCUAAGAGUCAUAGACCCAACUCUUAUGACAAUUAGAGAGAAAAGUGCACUAUGAAUGAGUUAAGUGCACUAUACUAGUCCUCUGGGAGUUAAACAUCUAAAAGUAAAUGUUUUGCCUUUAAGUAGUAAUAAUGAGAUGGACUAUUGAAAAACAAACAAACUGUAAAUCUAUCUUACAGGGCAGCAGGCUAACAUUAUGUACCAUAAAAAAAACAAUGGCCAAUUAAAUUUUAAAAAACAAAUUGUUAUUGUCAACUUUACAGCCAACUCUUAGCUAUGCAUAUACAUGACUUAUAUUCAUGAGUUAAAUAUUUUUUUUGUUCUAAUCUAUAAUAUGUUUGAUGUGAUGCAUUUGGUUAUUUUGUUAGUUGAUCAUUUACACAUUGUAUGGUUCAGACCACAGAUGUAUUACUAUUUGUGUUUUUUUCUUGUAUUAAUAUUAAUAUUUUAGUUUGGAUAACAUUUAAUCAAGUUUGUAUAAUCAAAGAUAACUGGAGGUCUCUGAUCAAUUAUUAUAUGUGCACACCCUGAAAUUGUGUUGUGAACACACUUCUAUACAUUUUUUACAAUUUAAAUCUUUGCAUUUUUCAAAGUUUCUUAUUAAAUGUAUCGCCUGAAUAAUUCUUAGGCUUUGUUUGCAAUGUGGACCUAGCAUGUCUCUAGUUUCAAUAUUAACCUGAUGAUUUUCUAGUUUCAAUGUUAACCUGGGGAUUUUCUAGUUUCAAUAUUAACCUCUGGGGAUUUUCUAGUUUCAAUAUUAACCUCUGGGGAUUUUCUAGUUUCAAUAUUAACCUGAUGAUUUUCUAGUUUCAAUGUUAACCUGAUGAUUUUCUAGUUUUAAUAUUAACCUGAUGAUUUUCUAGUUUCAAUAUUAACCUGAGGAUUUUCUAGUUUCAAUAUUUACCUUAUAUGUCUCUAGUUUCAAUAUUAACCUGAUGAUUUUCUAGUUUCAAUAUUAACCUGAUGAUUGCCUAAUUUUAAUAUUCGGCUAAUUCUAAUUUCAUUCUGCUUAUAAAACCUAAUCUCAAGAUCCUUUGACCAUACAGUUGUAAAUAUGUUGUUUUUUUAUGAUUGCUCUGCAAUUGAGGAAAAUAAAUGUCUCAGAGCAUGUAGAUAGUGUGUAUGUGUUUAUGAACAAUGGGAGAUAACAGAAAUAGUGAGAACCUAAGAGGCGGAUAACUGCUAUCAAGCAUAAAGUCACUCCCUGGAUAUAAGAAUGCUUAUCUUUUUAUAUAAUACAGACGUUACUUCAAAAAAGAAGAUGAUUACGUCCUACGCGUCAUGCAUUCAGUCAUGCAUAUUAACCAAUGACUUAAAAUUCUGCCAAGUCACUGGUUUUCCUGGCUAGCUCAGGCAACCCCUUCCAUGCUCUAAUAGCACUAGGGAAGAAGGAGUAUUUGUACAAAUUUGUCCUAGCAUAUGGGACGAGGAAUGUGCCUUUACCUUAAAUAAUUUCCAGUCUAUUCUGUUUAAGAGUGAUGCGGAGGACCCUACUUAGAGAAGCUUUAAUAGUGUUAAGUUUUAUUUAAAAACAGGCACAAUGUUGAAGAAAUCACAAUAGUUUUUAUCUUUUACCAGUGUUUUGCAUACCAGUAUCUGCAAUUUUAUGUCAUCGUGUUGUUGGCUGUGAACUAAUAUAUGUACCGGUAUGUACAAGUAUUGAAUAUAAUUGAUAAUUAUUCUACAUUUUUUUUUCUUUGUUAAUCAGCUGUGUUGCUGUUUACUUCUCUGAAUAGAAGUGUCUGUGAAAGAGUGUUACACUAUUGUACAUAAAAACGAUUGUGGUAGUUAGCUUUUUUACCGUACGGACCAAAUAGAAAAGUUUAUAUUAAAAAUUGUGUCCAACUAGC